UGUAAUCCGUUUGUUGUUCUUCAUCCGCGUCACGAUAGUUCCUGGAUCAAUAGUAUCUUGAUUUAUAUUAUAUAAUUUUGACAUCAAGGAUUGAGCACUUUCCGGCUCCAAAGUUCAACAUCGCGGGGUAGCAAGAUCGCUCAAAAUGACACAACCAUGGACAACAUUAGAAGCCGAUGAAGCACAAUUUACUGCAGUAGCAUAUUCAACUAGAAACCAAGCCCCACAUAACGGAGCGGGGCUAGGAGUUUACGACAAAUCUAGACCUAUUCAAAUCGAAGGCAAAAGGAUCUUUGGAGUUCUUAGAAAGACGGUGGUAAUGAUUGUUAGCGUUUUUCUCAUGGUGGUUUGCGUGGUAAUUGGAAUUGGAGUUGGAGUUAGUGCAUCAAAAGGGAGUCACAAAAAUCAAAGUGAAGUCGCAGCCAGUUCGAACACCACCACUAUUAAUUCUACGAUCUCAUCCACCGAGACCACUAUCAUCCCAUCGGUGACGGACACGGAGUUACUCGCUACUGCACCCACGGGAUCUUAGAUACAUAUCCAGGAAGUUAUGGACUACCAUAUCCGAGUCUAAAGCUGAAUUCAGUAGUUGCAUCGACGAAGAAUCUCGAGUUUCUUCCUAGUCCUGCCUUUUGCAAAAACAUGGGGACUGUCAAAUGAAUCCAAAAAAUCAAGAAGAGAGUCUUUACAAUUUAUCUUUAAGUGGACGUAGCGCGUCAUAAUGCAACUCAAAUUACGGCACACAACCUCUAAUGAUCGAUUUGAUGGGGGAUCUCUCGGUACUGGCUUGAGCUAUCUAUCCCAUGGAUCUGCAAACUUUUCUCGUGGCGCACACGACGAGCUUCGGAUUUUCGCCGAAACGCGCAUCAACACUUCAAUCAUGAAGACCCGUGGACUGAGCCAUCACGAUACAUUGUCAAUUUGUCAUACUAAUACCUAUGGCAACAUUAUGCAACCAUGCGAGAGCCCCUGGUUUUGUUACUGCAAUUUCACCUUACCGAAAAUUUAUGUUUAUGCAAAUAAAUUCUCAUCCACAUCCACCACUAGUACGACAACAGCAUUAGGAGCUUUAUCAAGUAGUUUUUCUAUGGUCUGGUGUCCUUCUUUCCAUCCUUGUUUCACACAAGUUGAAGGCAGUCCUGAAAGUUUUAACAAUAUCGAGUGCAGAGUUCAACGCAGGUUCUUCUUGUCAGUGCUCCCCAAUCUGAACAGAAAAUCGGUGGAACUACUCGUCUCAAUAGGCAAUGAAAGAGCAAGGAAAAGGCAAUACAAACGUCAAGUCAUGGGAAGUUUCUCAACAUCAUUGCCUCUCCCUCUUAUCUUCGGCUUUAGGAAGCGGAACGUCAAGUUUCUGGAAUGACUUAUUUGUGCCAGAACUUCGACUUCUAAUGAUGAUGGCCACUCCUGGGAGAGAAAAUGAGCACGAUUGAUAAGUUGCAAUCGAAUUACAUGAUUCGCUUCUAUAAUUCCACCUCUUACAGGAUGCAAGCAUAUCACAACCCAACUCAACAUUCGCAUCGAACACCAAGCCCAAAUACCAGAUUCACUCAUAGAACUCUCCAUUGAUAAUCUCUCUUUUACCCCGCCAUUUAUUUCGAAACCGGGGCUGUGAUUAGUCAAUUUCGAGUCCUUUUGUACAACUCUUCACAAAAACUCAAGGAAUAUCACCUUCAGUUACGUACAGUGAGUUGUACCUGUGGUCUAUGGGCUGAAUAUUCUAUAUCCAAAGCAAGGGGGGAAAAAGAGGAAAAUAUUAUAUUCUAGCAGUUCUUAGUGAAAAGAAGGAACAGUAGCAUUUGGUAGAGUUGUAAAACAAUAAUGUUGGGAUGAUAACAGGAAGUCUAUGAAAAAAUAUGACGAGGGGAUUAUACAGCGAGAUGAAUCAAAAAGAAAUGUUCAAGUGAUAA